UUGCAAAAAAAAAAAAAAAAGCAACUGCUGGUUCAGACAGACAGACAGACAGACAGACAGAGAGAUCACACCAGCCAACAGCAAGACCUGGGAUAGCCAGCACCUCUUGGCUUGCCAUCGAAUGGACCUCUGUGACGGUCUUGAAGACAGCCUAUGCUAUUUAUGUUUUAUCGGACGCUGAACUCCACUCCACUGUGACUGCAAGUGGCUGGAUGAGCAAAUCGAAAUUACGUGUGCACCAACAAUUAAUGAAAACGUGCUGGAUAAUUCGUAGUAUCAAACUGUGGGGAUCUUGUUUGUUUGUUAUGAGACAGGACCUUGUGUAUCCCAAGUUGGCCUCAAACUUGAUAUGUAGCCAGAGAUGACCCUGAACCCAUGUCUCCACCUCCUAAGUGCCAGGGGGACAGAUUCGUGUUACCAUGCUUGGCUUUAAACUAUGAGGUCCUCAGGGAACCUAUCAUGAUUGCUAACACUAUCACUCUAGGAUGCAUUUUAAGGUUGAUGUUGUCAAAUAACAAAGAUUUAGGAACCGCCUCAACAUGCAAAGAUGGAUUUUUUUUUUUUUUUUGGUGAUGUAAGAUUCAUUAUCUGAUGAAAAUUUAGAUGGAUUAUUUCUUAUCAGAUUUAAGCCUGUCUGUCAAUGUACCAAGUGGGAUUUUUUUUUGUGCAUCGUUUCUAUAGACUCAAAUUUCAAUACCUAUUAUUUGGUUCAAUAGGAGAUCUUACAGCAGCAUAAUUCAGUUCUCAGUCACCACACUGUGUCAGCUGUCAACCCCAUGCCAUGAUCGUUCACCGGUGCACAGACACGCACAGACAUUGCACCUCAUGCACAGGACAGGUGUGCCUCAGGACCAGUGGCUGGCCGGCUUGACCAUCGGUCCCCAUGCAUCUGUUAUACGCUCACACUGAGGCUUACCAUUGUGAUCCUUCCAUGUCACCCACACGACGUUUUACAGAAGCAGACAGAAUUGAAGAGCAGGAAGUGGCCAGGAGAGACGAAGGCACGAUGGAGCAGUGAACAGGGCAGUGCUGCUACAGUCUCUGAGUGGAACACACGCGUGACGGCAGAAGACUGACGGGGUGGGGGUGGGGCGCAGGUCCCGCUGCUGCUCCGAGAAACGUUUCAGAGAAGCUUGGUGCAGGCAAGUUACCACCACCACCACCCAGGAACGAAGCUGUGACAAAAAGCACGAAUAUGUCCCCAAAGAGAGAAAAACUCCACAUGAAAGGAUAUAUCGUGAAUACAGGAAUGUUUUACAACAGUGAAAAAAAAAAUGAACCGUCCAACAAUAGAUGCCGAUCUAAAUUUAAGAGGGGUGGGACCAGUCACCCUGACACAGGAAGGACGUGAAGCGACAAACACUACUUAAAGGGCAAAGUGCUGAUCACGCUACUGUUGUUUUCAUGUUCAUGUGCGUACAAAUACACGUGGUUUGCAAGUGUGUGUCGUGUUUGUAUGUGUGUGGGCACCCACGUGUGUGGGCGCACGUGCUUGUGGAGGCCUGAGGUCGCUGUCGGUAAUCGCGCUGGAUCACUCCUUGUGUUGUUGUGUUCCCUUCUCCCCAUCCAACCUGGACUUUGCGGGGAUGUCUGGUCCCGCCAGCCAGCUUGCUCUGUGGAGUGUGGGCUGGAAUCACAGGCAGGCCAAGACCGCUGGCAGGCAUUAGGUCGGUUCUGGGAUCUGGACUCUAGUGGACACUUAAACCAUGGAACCAUCCAUCAACUCGGCCCCUCAGACUGCCUUGCUUUUUGACAGUGAAAUAAAACUCUCCGGUUCUCAGUGUAUAAGCUUUCGUUUUCUUGUGUGUUUAUAACUGGCAGCUGGAAGUUUUAAAUAUUUUAACAGAAUUUUAAAGGUCACAGAAGAGCCCUGACUUCCCUCUCAACCCAAUAUUAAAAACAGCCGGGAUAAAGGCACAUUACUUUCAGAAGAGCAGCAGCGACUAACACUUACCUUUCCUCUGGUACACAUGGGCUAUAAACAGUGCUAUGGGGUUACGGUUGUGCUAGCCGAAAACCCCAGAAGGACGCUCAGUGGCGAAGAGCACGCACUGCCCUUGCAGAGGUCCCAUUUUUAUUUCCAGCACCCAGCUUCCUGUUCUGGCCUCCAUGGGCACCUGCACUCACCUCCCACCCCAGACAUACACACAUUUCUACAAUUAAAAAUACAAUGACUCUUAAGCUAAGUUUCUAUAAUAGAUAAAACAGGGUAUUUCAGGGUCAGUGAGUUGACACAGUUGUCCUGCUUGAACCCAGGGCUCUACGUGGGGGGGAGAGAACUGACUCCCAUCAAUUGUCUUUUGACCACCAGACAUGCACAAAACAAAUCAAUGUAAAUAUAAUGGCUGACUGUUAAAAAUAAAAACAUUUCAGAUAUACUGCAGCUAAUCUAUUUUGCCACUGCUCAAUCUAUGUAUGCACACACAUGUAAAUAUAUACCAAUAAAUUAAGUCUGUUUUGUUUUGGAGACAGGAUCUCCAAAGGCUGAUGUACAAGCUGAGAGGGACCUUGCACUUCUUAUAUUAAAGAUUCAAUUUUUUUUUAUGUGUCUGUGUGCCCAUGGAGAGCCAGAGGUUACUGGCUCUCCUGGAGCUGGUUCUAGACAGCUAUGAACCCCGAUGUGGUGCUGGGAUGGAGCUCGGCCCAUGUUGUGGACUUCGAACAUAGAGUGUUCAACCACACAGCAUGAGUGUAGCGUGAGUCAGGAAACCACAGGUGGUGUUCAGGUGGUCUAAGGUCCUUUUAUUAUCAAAGAAGGAUUCUGCUUGAUUAGAGCGUUAUCUAGUUGUAAAAACCAGAAAGGAAUGUAUGUGAAGGUUUAAAACUGGUUAAGAGGCAUUGUAUGUAUAAGAACUGGAUACUAAUCUAACAAGCCAGAAAAGAGGAGAGAAAAAGAAAUGUAAUUGGGCAAAUGCAAAGCCUUUGGAGAGAGGGCAGAUAUCAUUCCAAAUAGGAUAGCCAUUAGGCACAGGAAAGGGGCUGAAAGUUCAGUUACGUUAAAACCAUCACUGGCUAAAAACAAAAACAAACAAAAAACCAUAGGGACUGUUAUUAGUAGGACUCAUUGAAGACGUAAUGGUAGAGAAAGGUUGAAAAUGAAGAUGUGUACCUUGGAGACAACAACCGAAAGAAAGCUGAUGUGUCUCCCAAAUGAACCAACCAGCCAAUGCACUUGACGGCAGAAAACCUUCCUGCGGACAAUGAGAGUUGAUGGUGGUGAACGGUUCAGCCAGCUAAACAGAUGUGGCUUUAAUUAAUAUGAAUCUUGAGACUGUGAGUCUUGAGACUGUAUGCAGUAGAAGUUGAGAGACCACAAAGAAAAAUCUGUAACUUGCCACGUGGGGCCGGCACCUAGAUACACUUCCCUAGACUUGGCAUGUUUAGUUGCAAAACACAUACUCUUUUCAAGCGUGUGAACUGGAUCUUAGUGUACAUAUGCAAAUAAAGACUGACAAGGCCUUACUCCCCCAGCCAGGCGAUGCUUUCAUCAAGGGUCCAAGGUGCUCAGGAUGCUUGUUCGGAACAAGCAUACAUACAUUAUUUGUAAGACAAAGAGUGGACUGGAUUGUCUCCGCCCUUGUGAGUUUACACCACCAGCUAUGGAGACUUGGAUUCCCAAGACACAUGAGACCAUGAGCCAAUGUUGCAGAGGAUUCUAGUUUAUCUCGUGUAAUUCUAUUCUAUAUAUUGCAAUGCCUAAUUGGGAGCCAAGGAAAAACAUUUUAAAUUUUCCAGUAAAUGGCAGUGCUAGGAUUCAAACCUGAGGGUUUUUUUUUUUUUUCCUGUGCAGUGAAUCCAUUUCAGAAAGUACUUAUUCUCUUGAGACUGGAAGGAAGGAGGGAAGGAAGUAUGCUCACAGGAGAAUCUGUAAUAGUAUUUGGGAGCUAUCCUGUACACACUGACAAAGGCUUUAAGUACCUGUGAUGUGGGAGUGCUACACACCGGGCACAACCGGUGUGUGAGCUGUCUUGGAAGGGGAAGACUGUGUCCCGGUAAGGCUGGCUGAAAUGACCCAGCAGGCACCCUGCACACUGGAAACGAAGAUGCCUCUCCUAUGUGACAUCUUACGGCACUGGAAACCCUUUCCUGUGAGUUCAAGCUGGCUAUUUUCUCAUUACUUAUGGUUCUUGAAAUGAAUCCGGGUUUCAAAAGGCAGCCAGCCUUUCACAGCCAAGUGAAGGUCAAGUGGUACAUUCUCUCCACUCUCAAGUUUUUCAAAUGUGCAUCUGCUUUACGGCUUAACAUGGGAAGAACACUCAGAUAAGUGUAAUUACACAGUUUUCAAUCAAUUAUUUAAAUAUAUUCAGCAUUGUAAUGAUUAGGCCCACAUUCUCUUUUAUCAUGUCCUAUCGUAUUUUCUGGCUUGGCCUACUCGCCUCACAGUUCAUUUUCCUCUCAAUUUUUCCACAUUAUCUCCUCAGCCCCACAGCUUUGCUCCAAGACAGCCCUUAAACUUACCUUUCCAAAAUGAAGACUUGAGGUGGAAGGGAAGGGGGACAGCAGGAGGAGUUGGGGGGAUGAAGAGGGGUGUGAUGGGAUAAAAAUGAAGUAUAUGCAUGAAAAUGGCACUAUCAAACCCAUUUCUUUGUAUAUGAAAUUAAAAAAAUAGUUACUGGGGGCUUGGGAGACGGCUCCAUGGAUAAAGCACUUGCCCCAGAAGCAUGAGGAGCAGGGUUGGGACCCUCAGCACCUACAUAAAAGCUGGGUGAUCAGGUGGGAUCCCCAGAACCCACAUAAAAGCUGGGUAGGCAGGUGGGAUCCCCAGCACCCACAUAAAAGCUGGGUGGACAUGAGCCUGCCUGUAAUCCCAGCUCUCUGGAAGCAGAGACUGAAUCCCAGGAGCAUGAUGGCUACCUAGACCCACCCUGUGGGCCAUGAUCCCUCUGGGAAUCGAACGACCCUUUCACAGGGGUCACCUAAGACCAUAGGAAAACAGUUAUUUACAUUACAAUUCAUAACAGUAGCAACAUUACAGUUAUGAAGUAGCAAUGAAAAUACUUUUAUGGUUGGGGGUCACCACAACAUGAGGAACUGUAUUAAAGAGUCACAGCAUCAGGAAGGUUGAGAACCUCUGCACUAGCAGAUGAAAACAGCUAAAGGUAGGAGAGUGCUUGCCACAUCUGAGGAAAUUAAGAAGACCAGUGCGGAUGGGAUAGAUGGAGUGAGGAGCAGCGGGGUAGGAAACGUGGUUUAAAAUAGUGAGGGUAGGGGCUUGGGGACUUGGUUCAAUGGUGAACCACCUGCAUGUGGGUUAAAUCUCCAGCAUUGAGGAAAACCAUCCAAUUAACCAAACAACCAGGGGCCUGGUUAUGAACACGCCAGACACAUUUGUAAGUGAGUUGAUGUCUUUGGACUUUAAAUGUGGUGGGAAGUCACCUGACAUUUCCAAGCAAAGGAGCAAAAUAGUGAGGUUCCUUCUGCUCUGAAGAGCAUAGGGCAGAGGGUGGUAGAGGCAGCAGGCUGAAUGUAACAAUGGGAAACCCGAGAAGGAGCCAGCAGAGUCAGGAAAUGUUCUGAAGGUGGAGAUGGUAAGGACUGCUAAUGGGAUGAGUAUGUGGCAGCUUGAGCCAAAAGAUUCUGGGGUUUGGCACAGGAAUGAGACACCUAGACAGGAUUAAGUUUAGGGGAAAAUAUCGGUAUUUCACUAUUAGAUUCUGGAGCUAUGGUUGACUUUCAAGUUCUUGUGAUCCAUGACCUCUAAUAGUGACAAAUGAUGUUAGUUUUUACAGGACCAUUUGUAAGCAGAAGUCACGGGGUAGGAAACAGAAGAAAUAAACCUGUUCCUCAGCAAGCCCCAGACAGUCAAGAGAUUAAAAAGGACUGGCCCCUGAGCCUGUCUCAUAUACACCAUGAUUUCAGGGCAAGAGGGGUCUUCUUUCUUCCAAAAUAUUUUCCCAAUUUUUGAGUUAUUUUGCUGUGAUGAUGUUAUAUUGUUUGUACAAGAAGUGGGUUUCAUGAUGGCAUUUCCGUGCACAUAUAUAGUGUGUCCUAAAUUGCUUUCUAUUGAUUUGAUAAAUACCAUGGCCAAAAGAAACUUAGAGAGAAAAGGGUUUAUUUCAUCUUCCAGCUUACAGCCCGUCAUGAAAGGAAGUGGAGACCUGGAGGCAGACUGAAGCAGAGGACAUAGAAGAAUGCUGCUUACUGGCUUGGUCCCUUUGAUAUGCUCAGUUUGCUUUCUUAUACAGUUCAGGCCCACCUUCCUAGGGAGGGGAGCCUGGGCCCUCUUAUAUCCAUCAUUAAUCAAGAAAUGACCCAUCGGCUGGGUGGUGGUGGUGGUGGUGGCAGUGGUGGUGGCGGCGGCGGCGGCGGCGGCAGUGGUGGUGCACGCCUUUAAUCCCAGCACUCGGGAGGCAGAGCCAGGCGGAUCUCUGUGAGUUCGAGGCCAGCCUGGGCUACAGAGCGAGAUCCAGGACAGGCACCAAAGUUCCACAGAGAAACCCUGUCUCGAAAAACAAAACAACAACAAAAAAAAACCCCCAAAAACAAACAAAUAAACAAACAAAAGACCCCUAGAUAUGUCCAGAGGCUCAUAUGAUGUGGGAAACUCCGAAAAUGAGGUUCCCUCUUUCCCAGGUGACUCUAGUUCAUGCCAAACUGACAAAAACUAAGCAGUACAGUGUGUGUGGAUUGCACUGGGCUCAUGCCCUCUCCUGCCCCCUUUCUCCCCAGGACUCUCCUUUCUACCAUCCUUUCCCCUUUCUUCCUUCAGAAUUUCUGACUUUAAGUCAGAUUUAUUCCACAACUAGAGAACUAAAUCUGGAGAGAUGUUCAGCAUGUACGUGUUUUGGUCAAAGUGUUAAUGGAGCAGAGGAAGGUCCUGUGUGUUCAAAAGGAGGAACACGUUGGCAGUAUUAAGAGAAAGGAGGUGGAUACCACAAAGAUUUCACACACUUCCUGGGAUCCCCCCUCUGUGUCUUAAUGUUUUAGUGAGAAAACAGAAAGGAUUGCUGGUGUUGAGAAGAACCCUCCAGGUUUCUCCCAAGUGGGAGGUGUGCAGCAGGACCUUUCUUUCCUUUACCAACUUUUCAAGUCUUUCUAUUUUUCAACUCUUAGGAGUGCUCUCCAUGCGGAAGGUCUACAUGGCAGAGCUUGUCACCUCUGUGUCAGGGACACAGAGAGUGUUGGAUAACUAUACAAGUCUCCAUUUGAUGUUCGGGGCGUCCUGGGGAAAGCUGCAACAUUUAACCCUAGUCUUUUUUGUGAUGUAUUCUUUUUUUUUUUUCUGAUCACCAGUCAUGUAUACUUUUUGCAGGGCGCUUAAAAGAUCCAAAAACUCUUUAAAGUCUUACUAAAUAGAUGAACAUUGCAACAAUAUUUUGGCACCCUUCCCUCCCAGUGUAAGCAUUUUAUUCUUCCACAAUUGAGCUCUGUAGUACAUGAGCACCUUCAUGUCCUGCUCUUACCCUUAACGUCAUGAUGUACUUUUAUCUGAUGCUUAUGGCUAACUCAUCACCUUCAGCUUCACAAUGAUUUCCUUGAGGUAAUUUCAGAUUAUCUACAAUCACCAAUACUAGAUGGUAAACAUUUCUUCACAAGUGUUUCCAAGAAAGUGGCAGAUUAAGGAUGUUUUUUAAACACCCUGGUGUACUCUGCUGUAUCAUUUCCCAGACGGUUGUUACUGAAGGGGUGGGGGCGGGGAGACUACUGGAGCGUUUGGAUAACAUGUGGCGAUGCUGUUUGGGUCAGGGGAAAAAGCCUUCCUGGCAAGGGUCUAUCUUAAAGUAUUAGAACCCUUCACCUGUCUUUCCACAUCACGAAUAUUUCUGGGUCAUGAGAAGGAAGAAUAAAAGGAAGGACUGAGAGAAAUUUGAGUUAGAAGUUGUGUCAUACAUAACGGACAUGUUAGAAAUGAUCAACUUGGAAACCGAGUUUAUCAACCUGCUUAGGAUCCUAGCAUUUUAAUCAUUCAGGAUAUGAAUUUUGAUUGCAAAAUAUCACACUUACUGUACACGACUCCAUGCUCUCUAACGGGAAGCACCCUAACUGCUGUUCUUAAUCCAGUCCUUAGAAUACAAGGGGACUGAUCGGAAAACCCGAGAAUCUAGUGUGUGUGUCUACUGUAGGACUUAUUGCUCAGUGUGAGAGUCAGUUAAAGAAGUAGUUUGAAGUUACAGGUAUAAUAGAAAGGUAUUGGAAUCUGCAAGGCUUUGGCUUGAAUUUGUACUGUGUAACUCUUGCUAGUCAUCUGCUGUCUUUCUGGCUUAAUCUACCUAUUGCGUAGAGUAGACAUCUUGCUGGUGUGUGUGUGUGUGUGUGUGUGUGUGUGUGUGUGUGUGUGUGUGUGUAUCUCUUUCCUUAAGCAGUGUCCUCCAUGUAAAAUUAUUUCACUGACGGGACUCUUAGCCGGAAUUCCACUAUAACUGUGCCCGAUUCUCCCGCCAGUUUUGUUGAGUGAGGAGCACUGAGCACAGUUCUUUCUCCUUCCUGUUCUCACAUUACACAGGUUUUUGUUACAAAGGUUGGCACCGUACCCCUGCCGAAUACUGGCUAAUUAUUUCACUGUUCAGUUAGUAUCACAAACUUUCAAAUCUCUUCCGGUUCUUAACAACAACCAAGUGCCGGGCUGGUGGCAGGGGGCCAGACGACAAUCUGUUGAGUUUGGUCUACCAGAACAUCUUUUGCAGUUGUCUCUUGUCAUGUCCAGGGAAGCAGAUGCGAUGCCGAUUCUACCAGCAUUUCUCACUCAAUCUCCUCCAUGCUAAACAGGCCAGUUAGGCAGUAAGUCAUGUCUCUGGGUAGCUCAAGUGGAAAGUGUGAACAGAGAAACCACUUUAUGUGAGGACAGCCGAAAAUUAGAUCCCUUCCCCUCCCCACUCCUCUUCCCCCAGGGGAGGAGGCACUUAUCAGCCAAGAGCUCGGUGCCCGAACCGUGCAGCGUCCUGAGCUCCAGAGGUUUGCCAGCACGCACGAUCUGCGGCGCCGAGAGCCCUUCUCCCCAGAUGAAUUCUCAUAGUAUCACAGACGCGCGCAGUCCGGAUCGAUACUGGAUGGCAGACGUGCUCCCGCCGUCAAGUGUAGGCACAGGGCGGUGGAUUUCGCCGCCCCGCAGUUCGCUCGCUGCUUCUCAUCAGCUCAGUCCCGACGGAGGACGGUUAACCCGUUCCCGCACCGACUCCCGCCCUGUCGCGGCGGCCGUCCCUCCACUGUCCUCCCCGCGGCGGCCGAGCCUUUCAGCCCGACGCCCCGGCGCGGGCUCGGUCGGCUCCCCGCGCCUGGCGGGCUGGUGGCGCCGGGUUCCCCAGCGCGCGGUCCCUGGGGGCUGGACAGGGCGCUCCGAGCCCCUCGCGCCCGCUCGUCUUCCCGCGUCUCGGUCCCGGUGCCCCGGUGGGCGAAGGCCCCGCCCCGGGACCCGCUCCCACUCCUGAUUGGCCGGCGCAGCUCGAGGGGCCCAGCCCGGCCCGGCCCGGCGUCUCAGCUAUAAAGCCGGUAGCCGCAUGCCCGGCCCGGCCCAGCCCGCCUAGCUCCGGGGCUCGCCCGCGCACCCGACCCACCAUGCCGAGGGGCUUCCUGGUGAAGCGAACCAAGCGCUCGGGCAGCUCCUACCGCUCGCGCCCGACCGAACCGCCUUUCCCGCCGCCGGGUCCCCGCGCUGCUGCACCGCCCUCGCCCGACGAGCCCGCCCGGGGACGGUCGGGGUCCCCCUGCCUCGCGCCCGCGCGGGACGGCGCCGAGUGGGGCGCGGGUGGCGGAGACGGCCCGGGACCCAGCCCCGCGAGGCCGGCGGGCCCCGAGCUGCGCCGCGCGUUCCUGGAGCGCUGCCUGCGCUCGCCCGUCUCCGCCGAGUCCUUCCCCAGCGCCACCGCCUUCUGCUCCGCGGCGCCCGCGGCCGCGACCUCGGGGGAGCAGUUGGUGCCGCCUCGGGCCGCCGUCCCCGUCUCCGUCCCCGCGCCCGCGCCCGCCCCGCAGGGUCUCCAGCGCCGCGGCAAGGGCGCCCUGGGCUGCGUGUCAGCGGCGCCCGCGGCCGUCAGGAAGCCUAAGGCGGUGAGGAGGCUGAGCUUCGCAGACGAGGUGACCACGUCCCCGGUGCUCGGUCUAAAGAUCAAGGAGGAGGAGCCCGGGGCGCCGGCGCGGGCUCUGGGCGGCGUCCGCACGCCGCUGGGGGAGUUCAUCUGCCAGCUGUGCAAGCAGCAGUACGCGGACCCCUUCGCGCUGGCUCAGCACCGCUGCUCCCGCAUCGUGCGCGUCGAGUACCGCUGCCCCGAGUGCGACAAGGUCUUCAGCUGCCCCGCGAACCUCGCCUCCCAUCGCCGCUGGCACAAGCCACGUCCCGCGCCCUCCUGCGCCGCGAGUAAACCUCCCUCCGCGCCGUUGACCCCUCCGGACCCUUCCCUGGCAUUGGGCAAGGAGAACGGCCGCGUGCUGCGGACCGACGAUCAGCACCCGCAGGCCCGGGACAGCUCCGGGGCCGGUCAGCACCGGGACAGCGCCACUCUCCCAGGCCUGCAGGCGCUGGUGCACCCAGAGGCAGCACGAUCGCAGGUCCCCUACUCCGAGGUGAUGCUCGGGCGCCGCGGUCCCGGGCCAGGCGGUGCCAGCGCGGGGGCGACAGCCGAGGUCUUCGUGUGCCCGUAUUGCCACAAAAAGUUCCGUCGCCAAGCCUAUCUGCGCAAGCACCUGGGCACCCACGAGGCGGGCCCGGCCCGUGCACCAGCCCCGGGCUUCGGCUCGGAGCGCACAGCCCCGCACGCCUUUGCGUGCCCGCUUUGCGGGGCGCACUUCCCGUCCGCGGAUAUCCGAGAGAAGCACCGGCUAUGGCACGCUGUCCGCGAGGAGCUGCUACUGCCCGCCUUGGUCGGGGCUCCAUCGGAAGCGGGCCCCGGAGGGGCGUCCGACGGUAGCACGCAGCAGAUUUUCUCAUGCAAGUACUGCCCAUCCACUUUUUUUAGCUCCCCGGGCCUGACCCGGCACAUCAAUAAGUGUCACCCCUCAGAAAGCCGGCAAGUGCUGCUGUUGCAGAUGCCACUGCGGCCUGGCUGCUGAGGGGACUGAGGCCUGGCGAGAUUUCGAGAAUGGCUUGGAGAAAACAAUAUGGGAACUCCUGUGGGGCUUUCUUCAUCUUGCAAUUUCCUCUUUCCUUCCCAUGCCUUCCCUCUUAAAACUCUCCCGGUCACGAUCCGCCCGGGGAGAAGGCGGCGAGAUGUAAAACCCCCUCUCUAGAGCAGGUAUGUAUCUGGCAUAAAAAUCUAUGGUCAAAGCUGACAGCUUUAAGUCCUCAUUUCCCCACUAAAACAGGACAUCCCUUUCCUUAAAACGAUGGAGACCCCAAUGAAUCCUCUAUGGUUUGUAGUUCCUAUGGAAAGUCGCAGUGAACGCGUGCAAGUCAGUGUGUACACAAGGUUCUACCUAAAGUGGUAGUCGCCAACGUUUUUCUCUCUUGCCACCUCAGGCACUUAGGUCGUUUCUGUCUCAACAGGGUCAGAUUUCUUGCCUUGUAUAUUCUGUGAAUCAAGCUAUGUGACUGAUGCCAAACUUGCAGGGAAGGAGGACCUACCCUUGUAGACAGACAGGAAUACAAGAGGAUGUUGCUGUCUGGUGUGAAACUUUCUUUCCUCAUUCGGAUGUAUUAGUUCCUCUUUAAAAUUAGGUUUUGGAGGUGGGGAAGCUGCUGCUUAGUGGGAAGGAGUUGGUGUGCUCUCUCAAUUAUUUACCUGUUUUAUGUGCUGCACCCAGGAGGAGCUACUUAAUUUUUUUCUUUACAUAAUUUUUUUUUGAAAUACCAUACUCAUUCCUAAAGUUUGAAUGUUUUAGAAAGAUUUAAUUCCAAUUAUGUAACGAUUAUGCUGUAAAUCUGCUGCAUAUUACAUCAAAAACUGUUCAACUUAAGGAGGAUGUUAAUACCUGUAAUCCACCAUGGAACUGAAUGUCAAUUCACUCAAUAUCCUAUAUUUCUUUGCAGGAGCAACGUUUGAAUUUUUUUGUAAAUCAUAUUCAAUGUAUAUUCUGUAUCGAUUCCCUCAAUAGCCAGAGUCUGGGACAUUGGCUGAGCGUUGUCCAACAAUAGAUUUGUAAGCUGCUUCCGCCAAAUAAAUGUACUGCGUAGACUGUAGCUGUUUUCGUCUGUUUUGGAAGUGGUUGAACACAGUGUAUUUUCAAAGGCACAUCUCUUACCUUCCCAAUACCAGCAUUCAACUUUGGAAUCUUAGGGACUUAUCUUGACAGAACACAAAGGCAGGUAUACAAAGGAUGGUAUACCUUGCAAAGGACUAUAACAGUGCUGAAUUGCAAGUCGAGCUGCACACUGCAGCUCCAUGGAGGAGAGAAUAGGACUGUUUUUGUUGGUUUUAAGUCUACUCAAUAGUGUUACCUGGAGAUAACAGAAAUUAUAAAUGGUGACUAUUUUAAGUCUGUAUUUUCUGUUUAUCUUGUUACAUGUUAUCAAUCCAAUAGAAAUACAUAAGGAGUUAAGUUUGAUUUUCCUUUGAAAAAUUCUUCCUGUCGGCUAUGGGAAACUCAACUGUUUUAAACACAUUCCUACAGGAUCUCUUUACUCAUUUGAUUGUUUUAUUUAUGAGCAUUAAUUAAAAAAAAGCAAAUUAGGAACUCUAAAAAUUUACUAAGAAAAAUUUGGUAGAAAGUUUUAUUCCUGAAAGUAUAUUAAAAAACACUAAAAAUUUCAAAAGUCAAAUGUCAUGAGAUAGAUGCAUUGAUUUUGGUCAAGUUUCUGUCCAGACUUAGGAAGUGGAGGACUUUCUGUGCUCAAAUGGACAGUGGGAGGACUUUUGAGAAGUACACUGGGAUGUUUCUGAAAACA